UGAUGCAGUCCCGGCUAUAAGCGCACUGACAGCAAUACACCUCCACCUACCAACCACCACAAUGUCCACUAUUGCAUCUCCUCGAGACCGCCCGGGCCCCUUCCCGCGACGCACCAACUCCUCCAUCACUCCGACCUCCUCCUCGCGCCCGAGUCUCGAUGCCCCGGCCUCCGCCUCCAGCUCCCCCAACCCCAACACCUCCUCCUCAUCCACCACCACCGCCACCACAGCCACCGCCCAACCCAAACGCACCAACCGCGCCGCCCUCCGCGAGUACUACAACCUCCGCAACAACACCACCACCACCACCAGCAGCAACAAACCGCUCCCCUCCCCCCCAACCGUCGAAAUAACCGACCACCUCGGCGACCCCAUCAUCAACAACCCCCCCACAAACACAACAACCGGAGUAGUAGAAAACCCCCCCUCCGAACUCGACAGUCCCACCUUCAACGCGCCGGCCUACACAACCCACCUCCUGCAGACGGCGUCCCUCGCCGACCUGCUGCGCACGCACGCGCGCGUGCUGGGCGAGAUGCGCGCGCUGGACGCCGAGCGCAAGGCGCUGGUGUAUGAUAACUAUAGCAAGCUGAUCGCGGCGACGGAUACGAUCCGGCGGAUGAGGGCGGCAAGGACGCCGGGGACGCCGGGGGAGGUGGUGCUGCUGGAGGGGGCGGGUGGGGGUGGGGGUGGGGGUGGUGGUAAUGCGGAUAGGGGUGGGGGUGGGGGUGCUGGUGCUACGGGGUUGGUGGGAGGGGGGACGUUGGAGGGGGUGGUGGAUGGGAUUUAUGAGGUUGCGGUUGGGUUGAGGGAGGAGCUGAGGAGGGAGGUGGAUGCUGCUGCUGCUGGGGAACAAAAAGGUACUGAUGGUGAUGCGAGGAGGGAGAGGACGAGGGAGUUGGCGAAAGAGGUGGUCAAGGUGCCGGAGCGGGUGAGGCGGUUGGUGGCGGAGGGGAGGGUGGAGGAGGCCAAGGAGGAGUGGGACCGGCCGAGGAGGUUAUUGGUGCGGUGGAAGGAAUUAGGAGUCGGCGGGGAAGAAGUGGGAGGGUUGAUCGAGGAGGGGGAUGCCGCGUUAAAGGGGCCGGGGGGAGGAGAGGGGGGUGAGGGUGCGAGUGCGACGGCAUGAACUGAGAGUUUGAGCAUCCAUGGCGUUCAAACGUAAUUGGGCCUGCCCUAUGUGGGCGGGUGAAAACUUCACGGGCGGUUCGGGAGGGCCAUCGUCGGCAGUAGGGCCUCCCACAAUGAUACCCUUUGGUUUGCAUAAGGAUGUAUGAA